AAAGGAAAACGCCAUCAAAGAUAUUUAUGUAGGAAAAAGCAAAAAGAUAUUAGGAAAUAAGAAGAUAACACAUGGGUGUACCAAAAUCAAAGCCUUUGGAAUUCAGACACACUUUAUGUUCCUUCUGAACACUGGCUUAGCAAAUCAAAUGAUUGCACAUAGUCCCUACACUUGACAGGAAUGAAGAAGAAUGAGAGAAAACCAGAAGAGGAUAGAAUUAGCCAGUUAUCAGAUGAUGUACUGUGUCACAUCCUUUUGUUCCUUACCACCAAGGAAGCCAUAGCUACAUCCUUGUUGUCUACCAGGUGGAGAUUUCUAUGGAGAAUGCUUCCAUUUCUCGACAUUCACUGCUCCAAACCAAUCAUAAAAUCCCACGAGAGUGUUAACAAAUUCUUGGCACUACGCAUAACACAAAACAUCACAAGGUUCCAUCUCAAAUGUAAUAGUCAUAGUUGUUGCUCACAUUAUGUGGAACAAUGGGUGUCUGCAGUGAUAGCAAGAAUAGUUGAACAUGUUGAUGUCUCCUUAUGCAUGUGUCACAGAAGCGUGCUCAACUUUGCCACCUUGUUCACCUGUGCCACACUUGUCACUUUGAAGCUCGAGGGUCUCUUUAAUCUCUCUAUUCCUUCCGGUGUUCAUCUUCCUAAACUCAAGAGUUUGCACCUGCACAUACAUGCAUUCACCUCCUUCUCCAGCAUCAGGAACCUUAUCUCUGGAUCUCCAGCUCUUGAACUGUUCCACCUGAGGCAGAACUGGUACUUGUCACAUUUCAACGAGUUGAAGAUUGUGCGAAACUCUCGAGUUAUCCAACUGUUCCAACGCAAAUGGUUUUACAACCUUGUUAUACAAAGUGAUCGUGAUUAUGAUUUUGUCCCAGACUACUUGGAAAGUGGAAGUAGGUCAAACAUUGUUAAAGCCAAAGUUUAUAUGACAGUGUUUGGUGGAAUCAAGGAUUUUUAUGCUAACCAGUUUGUUUGUGAGACUCUGAAAGAAUUAUGUAACGUUGAGUUUCUGUCCUUGGGUGAUUUUAGGGUAGAGACAUACCCUUUUAGUCUCGAUCUUCCACUGUUAAAGAAUCUAGUUGAGCUAAGAGUUUCUCUUGAAAAUAGGAACUCCUUGUAUAUGGAGCUUCCUGGGAAGUGCCCUAAGCUUGAAGUUCUUGAAGUUCAUAUCAUGGAGGAUCGGUGUGGUGCUAAUCAAAGGUGUAAAUAUCGUAUUAGAGGCGGAGUGAGGGAACAGGACUUAUCUAUUGUUCCUUUUUCACCAGAGAUAACAUUGCUGGAAAGUUGAGACAGAGUCCUUAAGAGAUAUUCUUGUGUUGUUCUUUGUUAUGUUUUCUGUUCAAGAGAAACUAUUUUAGGGGACUUUUUUUCUUCUUGUUUUCCUGGUUUUAUAUUACUAGGGUCAUUGUGACAUAUAUAGUCAGUGAAUUUGAGCCUUUUCUCAGUGAA